UCUGACAAGGACAUUUUGAAAUUCGCGCCAUUUUUACAGGUGCUUGUAUGUCGUAAACUUUGUUUUUGCCGUAAAUUAGUAAGAUGUCCGGUCACGGUCACAGUUGUGGACAAGAUCAUCAUAAACAUGACCAUGACGAUGCAGAGCGAGGACAACAGUACAGUUUGUAUUUGAAGAUAGAUACAGAGAAGGUUCAGUGUCUAAAUGAAGUCGUUGACGGAUCUGGGAAAGAUGUAUUCAAGCCAUGGGACCGUCGUUUAGAUUCAGAAAAAUUUGUGGAAAGUGAUGCUGAUGAAGAGUUGCUGUUUAAUAUUCCGUUCACUGGCAACAUAAAGCUGAAGGGAAUCAUAGUAAUUGGAGGGGAAGGUGAUCAGCAUCCUGCUGAAAUGAAACUAUUCAAGAAUCGUCCCCACAUGACAUUCGAUGAUGCAGCUGCAGAAGCAGACCAAGUCUUUGAGAUGCAUGAAGACCGACUUGGACAACUAGAGUAUGAAACGAAAAUCUCCAGAUUCUCCAGUGUGGAGCAUCUCACAAUUUAUUUUACAAAGAACUUUGGUGAUGAUAUCACAAAGGUUUAUUACAUAGGGCUCAAAGGAGAAUUUUCUGAAUUUAAAAAGCAUGGAGUUACUAUCUGUACAUAUGAGGCAAGAGCAAUGCCUUCUGAUCAUAAGGCUAAUGCCUUUGACUCUGUUGGACAUGAAAUAAACUGAGGGGCAACUUAGUCACAUCCUAUACUAUCAUGACGCACCCAAAACAACAGUUUGAUAAAUUUCUUGGGAUUGGUUAUGCC